CACUCCACUAUCUUUUGUUCAGUACCAGUUUGUGUUGCGGAAUUGCUUGCGGUCGUCGUCGGUUGUCGCACGUCUUGCUGUUGUUUCUUCAACUUUUGCUUUCGAUUCUGUUAUUUAAUUUUGUGUAUUGUGUUGGAAGAAAGUAGGAAGGAAGGUCUCUUCUGGGCUCCAUGAUUGCAAACGGACCUAAACCGUUACUGCUGCUUCUCAAAUUUGUGAUUAAAAGCAAAACAAUUGGAUAAACACUCGAAUUUUAUCUUUUUUUUUGUUGGUUAUAUAUUUUGCUAUAUUCAAUUGCUGCAUAAUGUCGCUCUUUUUUAUUGCUCUGAUAAUGGUUUUGCCCUUUUAUUGUGAAGGGAAUCAAAACGUAAACGAUGCCAAAAAUCCAGAGUUGAAAGGAAAACUUGUAUUCGCGCACAUUCUUUUUCGCCACGGAGACAGAACACCAGUUGAACCAUAUCCAUCGGAUCCAUGGAGUGAUGUUAACGACUGGCCAACCGGCUGGGGUCAAUUGACUAAUACUGGUAAAAGACAACAUCAUGCUUUAGGUCAAUGGCUACGAAAACGCUAUGAUUCCAUUCUGAACCAAACCUACUCCAAAGAUGAUAUUUACAUCCGUGCAACAGAUGUCGAUCGUACUCUUAUGAGUGCUUUAUCCAAUUUAGCUGGAUUAUAUCCACCAGUUGGUAAUGAUGUAUGGGACAACAGUAUUUCAUGGCAACCAAUUCCAAUACAUACAGUACCAGAAAAUCAAGAUAAUAUUCUCGCUGGCAAAAAAUCAUGUCCAGCUUAUGAGUAUGCAUACUCGGCAAUGAAGAACUCACCAGAAUUUCAAAAAUACGACGAACAAUAUACUUAUCUUUAUGAAUACCUAACAAAAUGGACAGGACGAACAGUAGACUCGUUGGAAAGUGUUCAACGUAUUAAUAAUACACUAUUUAUUGAAGGACUUUAUAACAAGACGCUGCCAGAUUGGACAAAAAAGAUUUACCCUAGCAAAGAUAUGACCUUCAUUUCGGACUUUUCAUUUGCCUUGUUUACUUAUACUCGGCCAAUGGCUCGCCUGAAGACUGGACCAUUGAUUCAUGAAAUUCUAAAGAGAUUUUCAGAUAAAGCAAGUAAUAAGUUGAAACCAAAUCGUUCGGUUUGGAUCUAUAGUGCUCACGAUACAACUGUUGCAAAUGUUCUUAAUACACUCAAACUUUUCGAGUAUCAUAGCCCUCCUUAUGCUGCUUGUGUGAUGCUCGAACUGCGAAUUGACGAUCAAAAGAAGCCUUAUGUUUCUAUUUUCUACAAAAAUACUCCAGACGAACCAAAACCAUUGGAGAUUCCUGGCUGUGGCACAUCGUGUCCUCUUGAUCGAAUGUACGAGUUGUAUAAGGAUAUUCUACCUGAAGAUUGGACAAGCGAGUGCAAACUGUCAAUGCUUUCUAUGACCUAUGAAGAAGCCAAUCUAGGCAAUGCUAUGGGUAUUCUUGUAGCUGUAAUUGUCAUCAUUCUUUUACUGAUUUACGUUGCUUCGAUAUAUUUUCGACGAAGAAGCUACAUGGAUUAUCGUCGCUAUGCCCAAGUUGCAUGAUAUGCAAGGAUAACAUUUCUCUAGAUAUUCUUGUAUGUUUGCUUUAGAUUGAGAAGACAAUUUUGGCAUUUACGCUGUUGGCAUUUAUUUGUUCAUUUUCUUAGGUGUGUCAUUUUCUAUCGUGUUUAUCUCUAAUUAAAAAAUAAUGUAUAUAUACAUGUUCUCUAGUUACCAUUUAAAAAAGAAAGACUGUUGUAAAAUGUAAGAUAUAAUCUUUUAUUGAUGUAAAUAACGAAAUUAUAAGCUCAAGUGUUAAUGAUGUCUAACAAAAAAUUAAAAAAAAAGAACUAUGUAUUAAACAAUUAUAAGUAAUGAAUUUAAAAAAA